AGGCGGAUCCUGGCCGGGCAGGAGGGCGGCGCGUGGCUCCCGGGCCGCACGAGCGGAGAUGCGGCGGGUCCCGCGGGCGGGGCUGGCGCUGCUGCUGCUGGAAGUGGGGGUGCGCGCCGCGCUGCUGGGGCUCUUCCUGUUCACUGAGCUGCUGCCUCCGUUCCAGCGAGUCAUACAGCCGGAAGAAAUGUGGCUUUAUAAAAACCCCUAUGUGGAGUCCGACCAUGUACCCGCUAAGCCCAUGUUUGUCAUUUCCUUUUUGUCUCCCCUGAUCUUGAUUCUCCUGGCGAAAUUCUUCAUGAACGCGGACCAAGAGGAUACACGGGAAGCCUGCUUAGGUGCCAGCCUGGCUCUUACCCUGAAUGGUGUCUUUACCAAUGCUGUGAAGCUGGCCGUGGGCAGGCCUCGACCGGAUUUCUUCUACCGCUGCUUCCCAGAUGGCCGGGAAACCCUUCAGCUGCUGUGCACGGGGGACGCGCAAAUAGUGACCGAGGGGCGCAAGAGCUUCCCCAGUGGACAUUCCUCUUUUGCCUUUGCCGGCCUCGCCUUCGGCUCCUUCUACAUCGCAGGGAAGCUCCACUGCUUUGCGCCUGGCGGGCGUGGGCAGUCCUGGCGCCUCUGUGCCUUCUUGGCGCCCCUCUUUGUGGCGAUGCUCAUUGCUUUAUCCCGCACCUGCGAUUACAAGCAUCACUGGCAAGAUGUGCUGGUCGGUUCAGGAAUGGGCCUUGCAUUUGCCUACCUGUGCUACAGACAGCAUUACCCUCCUCUGACGGAUCCCGAGUGCCAUCAGCCGCUGCAGCGCAAAUCCAGGUUCUCUGCCCCAGAGAGACAAAAGCUGACAGUCUCUGGUUUCAGCCUCGAUGUAUAAAGACCUCAGAAUCCCCACCUGCGUGUCCUGGGUGCUGGAAAAGGAGGGAGGCCACAGCCUUCGGUGUUACUUUGUGCCUGGAGGAGGAGUGCGGUUGGAUCACACCAUUUUAAAAUGCCGGCAGUCCAGUUGGGGGGCUUUGAGAUCUGCUCUGGCCCUACCAGUCUGUUUACACAGGGACCUAGGGAACAGUGCUGGGCAUUGCAUGGCAAUUCUGGAGGCAGUUCUCUCCUACUAGACAGCAGGGCCUGGACCACUCCAUUUCCAGCCCAGCCCAUGCCACUCUUAAUCAUGCAGUUGCCCUAAGUCAAAAGGCAAUCUGGUCCAGUCCUUUGCUGCAAGGCAAAACCAUCACCUGCCACUCGCCUCCACACAGAUCAUCAGAGCGCCAUCCCAGCCAGGGUGUCUCUCCUACACUGAACACCACUCCCUUAAACAUGACCCACAUUUUAUUGACCAGCAGUGGGACACGCUCCCUCCCAUUUAUUCUGGAUGGAGGAGAGCUGCAGAGAGCUUCUCUCUGUGAAAGGGUGUGGUGAUGCCUUUUCCCCCCUCAUGGAUGAAAGGCGGCACGCCAACACGAUUUGGGGGUCCUGCCUCUUUCUCUGCCCUUUUGUGUUAUGCCACACCCAGUGACAACCAUAUUGGGACCAGAGUUGGUGGCACAUUGCAAAAAUUUCAGAUGAGCUCACUGGGCCCUGAAGGUUUGGUGACCUCUUCUUUAGCGUAGACAGGGUCCCUGAAUGGUUUUCUGCCCUUCCAGCUACCUCCAGGCUUUCCCCAUUCAAUCUGUACAUUCCCCACACAGGUCGGCUGGCUUUUAUGUUCAGAAGCCUAGCAAGCCUAAAAGUGUGUGGGAGCGGAAGCAUUUGUGGAUCUGAGCCCACCUCCUUCAUCAGAUGCAUGAAAUGUUACCCUCGGCUGGUGGGGUGUACGGUUCUUGGGGAAGCGGCAUGCAGCUUAGUUGGAGAGCAUCUUCCUUGCAUGCAGAAGGUGCAGGAUCAGCUCCUGGUGUCUCUAGGUGCAGCUGGGAAACAGCACCUGCCUGAGACCCUGGGAGGCCACUGCAGGUCAGUGAAGACCUGAGCUAGAGGGACCCAAUGAUCUGACUUGGUAUAAGGCAGCUUCCUAUGUCUCUAUAGUCCUCUCUCAUAUAUACAAAUGAGAGCCUGUCAGUUGAACCUCAAGCAUGUCUACUUAGAAGUAAGUCCCUCCCAGUUCACAGGUGUUUACUCACCAGUGAGCGUGUUUAGGAUUGCAGUUGAGAGCAGAGCAAGACACUUUUUGUGCAGAGUUGCAGCUAAUGCAUGUAUGAUGCAAUGGACUAAUGAAUGAAAGUUCCUGCCAUGAUGCAUUUGAUACCGUUUUUGGUACCAGAAGACUCUCUCUCCCUUUGUUUGCUGCAGCAGAUAAGCCCCGUUUGCCCCUCUGCCACUCAGAAGUAUCUGCUCCUUUGACCUCCUGCAAAAGCAGGUUCUGUGCUGUGCAGACCAGCUCUUCCUUAGAUGGAUGUGCAUAUUCCAGCGGAUGGGUGCACAGAGAUGCAGCCUGGCGCCCUGAGAACUGCAGCUUCUAUUCUGAAAAAGGCAAUUGUGUCCCUAGAGCUAGGAAGAAAAGCAUAGAAGCUUUUUAUCUGUUGUCCACUUAGAAAAUCAAACAGUGCCCCAUGUGGCCUUUAGGUGGGCAGGGCUUCAAUAUACUCCUGGUUUUAGACAGGUGGGGAACUUGUAGCCCUUCAGAUGUUGGACUACAUUGGCCACUAUUCCUGACCAAUGGUCAUUCUGGCCAGGGCCGAGGGGAGUCCAGCAACAUCUGGAGGGCCACAGACUCCCCAUUCCUGCUUUAGGCUGUGACGAGUGUUUCCACCACCCUCAUUGCACAUCCAUUCUGAUUUUCCACAUUUCCUUCCCUUGAUCCCAGCCCUGAAAAAUCUAGACUAUGAAAACCUGAGUCUUAGCAACAUUAACUUAUUAUAUAGAAUGUGGGUAAUUUAUUCUAAAUGUCAAAUGUGCACUUUUUCAGUGUAGAGUCAAUCCUGCUUUUAUCAGGUCAUUGCAGACUAUGGACUCCAGGCUUGUAGUGAUGUGUGGAACUUUACUGUGAGAAAAUCAUGUUCUUUAUCUGUUAAUGUUUUAUCUUCCUAGUAGCAUAUCUUGAUUUCAACAAGAUUCCCCAUAAUAUUCUUGUUGACAGAUUGAUAAAAUAUGGGCUAGAUGAUGCUACUGUUGG